CUCGUCUAGCGUCUCUAAACAGCAACGUCGGAGUCUAGGGGAGACUAUUCUUGAGAGAUGAAGAAUCAGACAGAGGGAUAAAGAAACAGUUAGAACUAGAAAAACGCUUGCAACAGACGAAAUAAGGAACUGAAUGUGUAAAACCAGCAACAUUUUGAUUUAUCUCUCCCCUAGUUCUCUCAGGCACACUGACAUUAAUAAUAUUAAACAAUCACCUUGUGCCUCAAACCUGCUUUAUAACAACUAAGGAUAGUUUUAUUCUUAGCUUAAACCAAACCAGCAAUAGAAAAAGGAUCCUAACGUUUCCUCAGAUUAGCCAAAAGCAGAUUCCAAAAACACAUCAACACUACAGCCUACAUUCCAGUGAGAAAAAAGGUAAACUUAUCACAAGACUUGUUAACAAAAAUAUAUAGUAUUUCAUAUCAAACUGCUGGCUGAGUCCUACAGGUGCCUGAUUACACUAACCUAAACCAUUUUAGCUAUUGAUCAAUAAAAACAGUUACAAAGCAUCUAUACGUUCCAUAAAAGCUAGCCCUAAUAAAUUAAACACAUCCAACAGUCAUUGGCAGUCCUGUUUACCCAUCAUGGCCUCCAUCACCCAAUCAUCUGAGCCCGAGAUCCCAGACAACCACAAAGAGAGCUGGCUGGCACUACUUGCCGCAGCGGAGGGAUAUUGUCAGAAGUCAGGCUGCGACCUGGCUAUUCUUACAGCCUGUAAGAAGUUCUGGCCAUCUGUAGUGGAGGGAGAUGAGAGGAAAAGGGAAAGUGGCAGUGGCUUGCCUGCCGGAGGCCGGAAGUGGGAUUUCUCCUAUCACGUGUGGGGUCAGGGGGCUUUGGCUGAGUCUUCGCGGCGCUACAUGGACGACAUUGCGGUGCUGCACUCCACAUCUAUGCUAACGGCGCAUAGAUAUACACGUCURAGUGCAGGAGACGGAGGAGCUAAACUGGUAGUGGACAUGCCCACUGACAGGGCGGGCCUAACAGGGGCUGUCAUUGGCCAAGCUGCUGGGCAGCAUGGGAAUGGAGAGAGGGAGCGAGARAUGGCUGUGAUGAUAGAGGAGGCUGGACGAGGGAGAGACAUUCCUGGAAUUGGGGACUUGGAGGAAGAGUGUGAGGAAGAGGAGGACAUGGACGAAAGGAGCCGUAAUCUGAAUGAGACUGCAGGAGUGUUUUCCAUGGAUGAGGACUCGCUGUCUCGUGACUGUGAACCAUUCUUUGAGUCCGAUGGAGAGGAGGAGAGCACUGAUGGCUCGUUAAGUGAGGACUGUCCUCCUCCCCCGCGCAGCAUGGCCAUGGGGCAGUCGUUCUCAUCCCGACACCCCAACCCCAUGAACAUGGCCCGCUCUCUCCCCGUGUCUGUUCCUGUGUGGGGCUUCAAGGGCAACAGACCCCACCAGGGAGAAGGCCACAGUGGGGAACGGGCUGGUGUAGCUGACCUGGAUCAUAUUGCUGCCAGCAUGAAGGCCCUGUUGGCCCCUGGAGCCAACGACGGAACAGAAAUGUUUGGAGGACUACCUCGCCCUCGCCUCAACACGGGAGACUUCUCCCUCAAACACUGAGAGAGCCAAAGAAAGUGAGGGGAUGAAGGAGUGAGGAGAGUGUCUGUGGAUGAAAGAGAGCCAAUUGAUUGGCUGGCAGGCAGAAAAGUCCCCCUGUGUAUUAGCUAAUCACUAACCCCAAAUUUGGUAGUAACAACAGUGAACCCAGAGAGGAUUAAUGACAUAACAUAUGCUCGUAUACACACUGAGAUCAUUUUCAACACAUUACAUUACACCCGUACACACUUAAACACUACAAGACAACUCACUACA